AUGUCGGAGGAUGGUGACUCCAAUAUGGCGCCGACAGCGGUCAAAACUUACUUAAACCCUCCUAGCCCGACAGCCUCGUGUACCUCAGCUAUCUCCGCUGAUUGUGAUAUCAAGGAACUCAUUCAAUAUCUACCUUUCAAAGCAUGCCUGGGAUCAGAGAUCAGACAGGUCAGCCUCCGAGUUCAGGAUCUCAAAGACAACAGAGGCACUGUACAGGCCCAAUUGGAUAUCCUAACAUCCAGGAGUGAGGUCCAAGAGACGCAUAUAUCCUGA